AUGAACUAAGAUCUAGAUAAUUAUUAUGAUGAAAAUAACGAAGAGUACGCUCCUAUAAUAGUCGAAACAGCAGAGAGUUCAAAAUAUACAAAAGAAUAAAAAGAAUAAGUUAUAUAAGAAUAAAAAAAAAAAAAAAUCAGACAUGAUUCUGAAUCAGAAGAAGAAAAUUAAUAAAACGAAGAUUAAAAAAAACUAGACGCUUUUAGAAGUAAAAUAAAUAAAGCUUUAGAUUAAGAAGAUAAUUAACCAGAAACUGUAUAUAGAGAUGCCUUGGGAAGGAAAGUAUCAGCGAGGGAAUUAUUGAAUUAAUAGAAGACAAAAAAAGAUAAAAUUGAAGAAUUAAAGAUAUAAAAUCAAGAAAGAAUUGAUUAAUGGGGGAAAGGCUUGAAAUAAAAAGAAGAUAAAUAAAAUCAAAAAGAAGCCAUUAAAAAUGCUAAAAAUGAAUUAUAUGUGGGAGAAUAUGCAAUUUCAAAAUAAACUGAAAUCGAACUUAUGAAAUAAACGCGUUUUAACGAUCCUAUGUAAAAUUUAAUUGAUAAAGAAGAUUAAAAAAUUACAUAAGCCAAGCUUAAUUUAGGGAAAAAUUUCUGUAGACUUUAGUGUAAAUUCCCACCAGUAUCAAAUAGGUUUAAUAUUUUACCAGGGCAUAUGUGGGAUGGAGUUGAUAGGGGUAAUUAAUUUGAAGCUAGGUAUUUUGAUAUGCUUAAUAAAAAAAAAGAUAGAGCAAGGAAAGCGCAUGUUAAUGAUGUGGCGUAGAUAUGA